CAACAGGUUUAUGCGAUUACAAAUUUGAUGGCACAUCGAUAAAUAUUAUUGCGCACUAUUUAUUUUAUUAAUAAUGCUUAUAAUUAGUUUGGUAAGUGGAACGAACGAAGGAAGCGAAGAGAUGAGGAACGUUAAAUGAAAAUAAAUAGAUUUUGAAUUGAUGCGGAGGCGGGUGGGCGCACGCGCUUCCGCCUCACACAUAAAUCCUGGAAUCUGUGCGGAAAGAAAGGAAGAUCGAUAUGUAUUGGCGAUGCGUGAUAUGAUGUUGAUGAUGACGAAUUCCCGUUUCAGGUCAGAGAAUACACGAUCCGAGCGUGUCUUCGUUUCUUUCCUCUUCUCUUUUCAUUCCACUGUUGAUAUCGUUCAGAUGCGGUACGGGGGAGGUCGUGAGGCUGAGGAGCAGAGGAAGACGCGCGUCGCGACGCCUGUUGCUCGCGCGCCGCCCGUGCGAUCCGACGCUGCUUGUGCCCCAAUUGCUCUGACGGAUCAUCGCGUGUGUUCCCAUUAGAAACUAUCCUCCUUACAACACACUUCGGAUUCUGGUCACAAGAUUUACGACUGCCAAAAGACAUUAGUAGUGCCGUGGAUGCCACCACGGAGGAUGCAGUGAUCUCCGUCCCAACCACCGACUACCGCAAUCAUCACUUUUCUCACUCUCUUUCUCCAUCUCGCUUUAUACGCAUCACUUUCGCGCGCGUCCUUCCGUGUUUUUUUUUUUACUUCUUUAUCCAUCUCCAAGAUUUCCACUGAAACGAAAAGUACCAAAAGGGCAUAAUUGAUGCCCCAAAUAUUUGAAAUAUUCACCAUGGAUUCGGGUUCCAAGAAGAAGCGGAUACAUCUCAGCUACAGGUGCAUAGUUUUACUUGUGCUUCUGUUCGUCGUGUGCAAUUUGGCCACGGGUCUUUUGGUAUACUACAAUUCAGUUGAUUCUCCGAAACGGGAUACGCAGAUCGUGCAAUUAGAAACGGAAACUUCGACAGCAACAUCUCCGAAGGAAACCACUAAUCCUUCCACCGAUCGGAUCGAUGUUCAGGCUAAACCAAAGAGAAGCGUCCGUUUACCUAAAUCAGUGACUCCUAGCGCAUACAGGCUUAGCAUUGUUCCUUUUAUCUAUGAGAACUUUACGUUCGAAGGAGAUAUUUCCAUCGAUGUUAAUGUUAACGAAGCUACGAGUAAUAUUACGUUGCACAUAAAUGAACUGACCAUAGACGAGGGAUCGGUGAAAGUCUUGCAAGAUUCCCGUGAAAUAUCGGUUUCUCAUUUGGUCUAUGAUAAGGCUCUCCAGUUCUUCAUCAUUAACUUCCCAGAACCGUUGAAACAAGGCAACUAUAGCGUCUCCAUGCAAUUCGCUGGUGUUCUUAAUAACGUCCUCCAAGGUUUUUAUAGAAGCUCUUAUCCUGGGCAGAACGGAACAAGAUGGAUCGCGGCGACACAGUUUCAGCCGACGGACGCAAGAAGGGCAUUCCCAUGUUUCGAUGAGCCUGCGCUGAAAGCAACCUUUGAGGUUGCUAUUGGACGUCCCAACAAUAUGUCCUCGAUCUCGAAUAUGCCUAGGAUUCGAUCGCAUCCAUUCGAUGGAGACGUGAAUUACACCUGGGAUUUCUUCGAGCGUUCUGUACCGAUGUCUACGUAUCUCGUAGCUUUCUUAGUCUCCGAUUUUGAAAGCAGAUCUGUCGGAAAUUUCUCCGUCUGGGCUAGGAAGAGCGCAAUAGAUCAAACGGCGUACAGCUUAGAGGUUGGUCCCAUCAUCCUGAAGUACUACGAAAAGUUUUUCGACAUUCCAUUUCCACUCGCCAAAAUCGAUUUGGUCGCUUUGCCCGACUUCUCCGCUGGUGCCAUGGAAAAUUGGGGCUUGAUCACGUUCAGGGAAUCGAAUCUGCUUUACGAUGAGGUCGUUUCAUCUUUAACGAACAAACAGAGUAUUGCAAUCGUCGUAGCCCACGAGUUGGCUCAUCAGUGGUUCGGAAACUUAGUUACUCCAUCGUGGUGGACGGAUUUAUGGCUCAAUGAAGGAUUCGCCAGUUACCUGGAAUACAUAGGCACUGAUGCUGCGCGUCCGGAUUUGAAGGUUCUGGAUCAAUUCGUUGUUCAGGAGAAUCAAGUGGUAUUUUCAUUGGAUGCUCUAAAAUCCUCGCAUCCGAUUUCAAUUGAGGUCAACGACCCAGAAGAAAUCAAUGAUAUCUUCGAUCGUAUUUCUUAUGGAAAAGGAUCAACCAUAAUUAGGAUGAUGGAUCACUUCCUCUCGACGCCUGUCUUUCAAAAAGGAUUAACGAAUUUUUUGAAUGAAAAGAUGUACCAAAGCGCGCAGCAGGAUGACUUGUGGGAGUCACUCACGGAAGUUGCACGUUCUGAAGGGAUAUUUGAUAAUACCAUGAGUGUGAAAAUUGUCAUGGAUACAUGGACUUUGCAGACAGGUUUUCCAGUAGUUUUUGUAAGCAGAAAGGAAGGUCGACUGAGCGUAAGGCAGGAAAAGUUUUCGCUUAAUGGUAGCUCGGAUAAGGAGAAGGCCCUAUGGUGGAUUCCGUUGACUUACGCUAAUCGCACCAAUGAACGAAGCGAAAUUUGGCUGAGAGGUAUCGAGAAGAUGAGCAUUGAGGAUGAGACCAAACCGAGCGAAUGGUUGCUGGUCAAUUUGAACCAAUCCGGUUACUAUCGCGUCAAUUACGACGAUGCGAAUUGGGCUCUACUCACCGAACAAUUGAACCGUAAUCACACGAUCUUCGAUCCGAAGAAUCGGGCUCAAAUCAUAGACGACGCUCUGAAUCUGGCAAGCGCCGGUUACCUGAACUACAGCAUAGCCAUGAACGUUACCAAAUAUUUGGCAAACGAGAAGGACUUCGUGCCGUGGAAGGCUGCAUUCAAAGGUUUAGAUUAUAUGCACGAAAUGUUCAUGCGUAGCGAACAUUUUGAUAAAUUCAAAGAUUACAUGCUGCGUUUAAUACUGCCACUUUACAACGAGCUGGGCUUCAGGGAUUCCCCUAAAGAUCCGCCGUUGGUUUCCUAUUUGCGGAACGAAAUUCUACCCAGGGUGUGUCGCCUGAGCUACAAAAGUUGCAUCUACAAUUCUUCGAUUCUAUUUGACAAUUGGCGAGCGUCACCCAAUCCGGACGUGAAUAAUCCGAUUGCUCCGAAUAUGAAGGUGUUCGUGUACUGCAGCGCGAUCAGGAUGGGCGGAGAGGAUGAAUGGAACUUUGCGUGGGAGAGGUACUUGAACACGAAUGUGGGCACUGAAAGGGAGACAAUUUUGGCGGCAUUGGCUUGCACCGAGGAGGUUUGGCUUCUGAAUCGGUUCCUGUCGAGGGCCGUAACUGAAGGAUCCGGUAUUCGAAAACAAGACGCACCUUCUGUUCUCACCGCAGUAGGUGGUAACGUCAUUGGACAAGGACUGACCUACAGGUUCAUGACCAACAAUUUUGCGAAAAUUAAGAAAUAUAUGGGUUCCUCCUUCAUAUCGUUGAAUGGCAUCAUACGUCUGAUUUCGCAACAUUUCAACACGAGACAAGAUGCAGUAGAUCUAUCAAAGUUUGCGGCGAAGGAAAACCUGACAUCGAGGCCGAUCAGUCAAGCGAUCGAGCAGGCCUGGGUGAACGUGGAUUGGAUGGACAGGAACUUUGCGACGAUUGUUUCUUGGUUGAAGAAUAAUUGAAACCGCCAGUCGAUUACUUAAAUACAUUUCACUUAACUAUA